UAAACGAGAUGUGUCUGCUGCCAAUUUCUCACUCCAUGAGGCCCACUGCUUGUGGUUUCUUACUGUCUGUCCAGAAUGUGAUGAACCAGUUGCCCAAAAGGAUAUGAAAGACCAUCAAACAGAAGCACACAAGCAGGUGAGGAAUGCUACACGUUCUUCAGGAUGUAAUCUUUGUCACCAAAGCAUGCAGCAAUACCAGCUGGAGCAUCAUGAGACCAAGGAAUGCCACAAAUGAGCAACAAAAUGCAAGAUCUGUGAGCUUGAAAUGCCCUUCAACAAGCUGCAGGAACACCUGAACACUUGUGCCAUCCGAACAGAGUGGUGUUGGGAGUGUAACAAAUGCAUCAUGUACAAAAACCAGAACAAACACAAAGAUUUUUGUCAGAACAGUGAUCUGUCCUAUCAUAAGGAUGUGAACUUUCAAACCAGUGAAGCAUCCCCUAAUGCAACAUUUAUUUGCCCCACUGGUAAGCAUGGGGCAAUCUGUCGGAAGUCCAAUAAGUCAUUCCCAGAUGACCAGUACUCCCAACAUCUGAAUACAUGCAGCACAGCCCAUAAGCUGACAAAAGUUCUUGCUGGCCAGUCAACUUCAAAACUCAGCAGUGAUCCACCACAGUCUUCUUCCUCCCUGGCUCCCUCUUCUUGCCCCAAGAAUGCAAUGGCAUGGAAAGAUGUCCGUCCCAAAGGGAAAGAAAGGCCAUUGACCUCCAAAACCUUGCUUAAACCCCCAAAGAACAAAAAGAUUGGCUUUCCCUCUCCCACAAGAGGUGGACUUUCCACAUCACCUCAAGCUCUUAAAGACACCCAGUCUUUUGACAUGCUGGUGACCUGUGCCCAUUGCAACAUUCUUCUGCUGCUUCCAACCCUUCGGAAACACGAGAUCAAAUGUCUGCGUUUGACAUCUUUGAAAAAUGCUGGGAUGAAACAAAAAUCAAGCCAUGGA